AUGGAUGACAUUCACAGCGACGAGAAGCGAAAUGCCCCAGACACCACCAGCCCGGACGCUCUCCCUGAAGAACUAGGCAAGGUGAUCCCCAUUGAUGCGGAAGUUGAGCAGUUCUACGGCCAGUCGACGAGCGAUGCCUAUCGCUUGAAAUCGGAGUUGGUGGGUAGGUGCAUGGAGGAGAUUGGAAUGGGAUGGUUCCAAUGGAAGUUAUUUGUUGUUACGGGGUUUGGGUGGAUUGUUGAUAAUUUCGCAACUCAAGGCAUCGGCAGCGUGCAACCCCCUAUUCAACAGGAACUCAGUGAUAUCUCUCGUGUCAGCUAUAGCUCCGUGGCCUACUAUGUCGGUAUGAUCAUCGGUGCUUCGUUCUGGGGUAUAUCGAGCGACUUGAUCGGCCGACGGCCUGCCUUCAUGACGACCCUGUUUAUUGCAGGGACUUUUCUCUGUGGUGCUGCCGGGACCAUGAACUUCGUGGCUUUCAGCGCGAUGUGGGCUGUUAUUGGGACAGCGGCCGGUGGGAAUGUCCCCGUCGAUUCCAUGAUCUUCUUGGAGUAUGUCCCGGGCAGCCAUCAAUGGCUCUUAACCGCCCUCUCAGCAUGGUGGAAUCUUGGUCAGCUCAUCGUCUCGCUGAUAGCCUGGGUCUUUCUGGCGAAGUACAGCUGUCCAACGGACGCUACGCCGGAGACGUGCCAGAGAAGCGAGAACAUGGGAUGGAGAUAUACACUCAUUACACUCGGCGCCGUCGCCCUCUUCUUCACCUGCAUUCGUAUCUUCGUUUUCAAACUCCCCGAAACACCACGAUACCUUCUCUCCCAAGGGAAAGACCAGGCGGCUGUCGACUCAGUGAACUACGUUGCUAGGCAGAAUGGAAAAGAAGAGCCUCUGACAAUUGGCAUGUUGAGGGAAAUUGAUGCUAGAGUUGGCAGUGGCAGCGAUACUAACGACACAUCUCGGGCGGGACUAUCGACUCACGAGAUCCUCCGCGAGAACAUGAAAGACUUCAAGUUCGAGCAUUACCGCGCCCUCUUCGCUACUAAGAAACUCGCCCUUCAUACGAUGAUCAUCUGGGCUGUUUGGUUGACGAUCGGAAUCGCCUACCCUCUCUACUUCAACUUCCUCCCCUCCUACCUCGCCACGAAAUUCACCACCGACUCCUCCCUCUCCCUCACUUACCGAAACUACUGCAUCCAAUCCGCCGUCGGCAUCGUUGGUCCCCUCUCCGCCGCUUUCCUCGUCAAUACCUUCUUCGGUCGCCGCUGGAUGAUGGGUAUCUCGUCUAUCGUGACCGGCGUGUUUCUGUUCGCGUAUGUAGGCGUGAAUACCCCGACUGCCAGUUUGGCGUUUACGUGUGUUACGGGGGCGUUGGGGAAUUUUGAAUACGCAGUAAUGUACGCCUUCACGCCCGAAUCCUUCCCCGCGCCACAUCGAGGCACCGGCACCGGCACCGCGGCGUCGUUGUUACGGCUAGGCGGCCUGGCGGCGAGUUUGGUGUCUUCGCAUACGGGAUUCACCCCGGCGCCGAUUUAUGCGAGUGCGGCGCUGUGGGUCGCUGUUGGGGUCUUGUGUAUUGGGUUGCCGUUUGAGACGCAUGGGCAUGCUGCUAUUUAG